ACUCUGAUAAUAAUAUCUGAUCUCUUGCUCUUCACUUUUGCACAUUGGAAAGAAGUAUAUAUCAAUGCUAUAAUCCUUAUAUAAGUAGCACAAUGCAUGUUCACCCCCAAGCUAGAUCUUACAUCCCGACGCAUUCCAAGGCAACCACAGAUUAAUUGAUGCCACCUCCUGCUCCUUUUUCAAUCCCGAUGGAGCUACCACCACCACUGUUACUCACCAGCUUUGCCAUGGUGCUCGCCAUCGUGAUUUUCGGCCGCAGACUGAAAGGCAGGCCGUCCCGUCGUGUCUAUCGCCUUCCGCCGGGUCCGAGCCCAUGGCCUGUGAUCGGCAACUUCAACCUGAUCGGCGCGCUCCCGCAUCGCUCCAUCCACGAGCUUUCCAAGAAGUACGGCGAGCUCAUGCACCUCCGCUUCGGCUCCUACACCGUCGUCGUCGCCUCGUCGGCCGAGAUGGCCAAGCUGUUCCUUAAGACCCAUGACCUGCUCUUCCUGGACCGCCCCAGGACGGCCGCCGGCAGGCACACCACCUACAACUACGGCGACAUCACGUGGUCGCCCUACGGCGCGUACUGGCGCCACGCGCGCCGCAUCUGCGCCACCCAGCUGUUCAUCCCCGGCCGCCUCGCGUCGUUCGAGCACAUCCGCGCCGACGAGGUGCGCUCGCUCGUGCGCGGCCUCUUCGCGGCGUCGGCGUCGGGCCGCGCCGUGCGCCUCGGCAAGGACCACCUGUCCACGUUUAGCAUGAACGUGAUCACGCGGAUGGUGCUGGGCAAGCGGCUCUUCGACGCCGCCGGCGGGGAGAACGCGGCGGCGGAGGGGCCGGUGUCGUCGCUGCCCGAGUUCAUGUGGAUGAUGGAUGAGCUGAUGCUGCUCAACGGCGUGCUCAACAUCGGCGACUGGAUCCCAUGGCUGGACAGGCUCGACCUGCAAGGGUACGUGCGGAGGAUGAAGAGGGUCGCGGAGAGGUUUGACGCGUUCUUAGAGCACGUCCUCGACGCGCACAGCCAGCACCAGCAGCGGCGGCACGAGCGCGACGGCGAGAGCUUCGUGGCGCGGGACAUGGACAUGGUGGACGUGCUGAUGCAGCUCGCGGAUGACCCCACCUUCGACGUCCAGAUCGGCCGCGUAGGUGUGAAGGCGUUCACGCAGGACCUCAUCGUCGGUGGCUCUGAAAGCACGGCCGUCACCGUGGAGUGGGCCAUGUCGGAGCUCCUGAGGAACCCGUCUGUCCUCGCCAUGGCCGCCGAGGAGCUGGACAGAGUCGUCGGCCGCGGCCGCUGGGUGACGGAGAAGGACGUAGCCCAUGAUCUCCCCUACCUCCAAGCUGUUAUCAAGGAGACCAUGCGCGUGCACCCCGUCGCGCCUCUCCUGCCCCCGCACGUCGCCCGCGAGGACGCUUCCAUUGCCGGCUACGACAUUCCCAAGGGCACACACGUCCUCAUCAACGUGUGGACAAUCGGCAGGGACCCGGCUGUGUGGGACGCGCCGGAGGAGUUCAGGCCGGAGAGGUUCGUCGGGAGCAAGGUCGACGUGAAAGGGCAGGAUUUCGAGCUGCUGCCGUUCGGGUCCGGCCGGCGGAUGUGCCCUGGUUACAACCUGGGGCUGAAGGAGAUACAGCUGAGCUUGGCUAACUUACUCCACGGGUUUACUUGGAGGCUGCCGGAGGGUAUGGUGAAGGAGGAGGAUCUGAGCAUGGACGAGUUGUUCGGGCUAUCCACCACGCGCAAGUUCCCGCUCGAGGUCAUCGUCCAGCCCAGGCUCCCUUCUGAACUCUAUGCAUGAUGGGUUUCCAAGUAGAUUGAAUGGUUGCUGCAGGUUGCAACAUGUUGGUGUCAAGAUAUAUGGUCUGAAUUUGUGAGCGCGUAGUGCUGCUGGCGUACGCGAGUUCUUGUUGCAUGAACGUGAUUGGGUCGCUGUAGGGUUCAUGUCACUUUCAGUGCCGACCUCGGCCAGGUCGCAAAAUUUGGCUAUUAUGUAAUAAGAGUGGAAAAAACUCCCCGUAGCUAGGGCCUGUCUGGUUUGUGAAAAUGAGGAGAGCUAUUUUGGAGAUUGAGCGAUUAAUUGUUAUUGCUGGAGCCUUAGCUAAUCCUAUCUUCGAUCGAUC